GCGCGCUUGGGUCCGAGGUUUGACCAGUUCUCUGGACUCUGACGUCACAUCAGAAGAGGAGAGGAACACCUGCUGCUCUCGUAUGGGACAUGGAGCCACUGAGUUUGGACGGUGCAGAAGCUGAUGGCUUCUUUGACAUCCUGGAGGAGAGGAGGCGGAGCAGUGACUUAAGCCACGCCUUCCGGACCUUUAACCCGCAGCCGUACCGUGGGGCCACGCCCAUUUCAGCAGCCGCUCUCAACAGGAUGGUGCUUGAAUCGCAAUACCUGACCUACAUCGUACAAGAGAUUAUGGUUGAAUGUGACGAACCACGGGAGGCGCUUUUAGAGGAGGCGUCUUCGCUGCUGGACGAGAUGAGUCAAAACCUUCAGCUGGGAUUCAUUCGUCUGCUGGGCUUCGCACUGAGCAAAGUUUUCAAGAGCGUUUUCAGCUCCAUACGCGUCAACGAGGAUGGACUCACCCGGCUCCAGCAAGCCAUUCAGGAGUAUCCCGUCAUCCUGAUGCCCAACCACAGGAGUUAUGUGGACUUCCUUGUUCUGUCUUACAUCAUGUUCACUUAUGACCUCUCUAUCCCCGUCAUUGCAGCUGGAAUUCCUCUGAUGGGGAUGAAGCUGAUUGGUGAGAUCUUUCGGCGAUCAGGAGCGUUUUUUAUCCGUCGUGCCAUUGGCUCAGACAAGCUGUACUGGGCAGUGCUGUCUGAGUACGUCAGAACCAUUGUGCGGACAGGUUAUGCUCCGUUGGAGUUUUACGUUGAAGGAUUACGCAGCAGAACGCUGAAAUCUCUCACACCAAAACUAGGAAUGAUGCACAUGGUGUUGGAGCCCUUUUUUAAAGGAGAGGUGUUUGACAUCAGUCUGGUGCCCAUCAGCAUCAGCUACGAGCGUGUGCUUGAGGAGUCGCUCCUCGCUCAUGAGCUGCUGGGAGUGCCUAAACCCAAAGAGACCACAGGGGCUUUGCUGAAGGCCAGGACUGUGCUGAAGGAGGACUACGGCUGCAUGCAUGUGUGCUUUGGCAACCCUGUGUCAGUCAGAGAGCUGAUGAAGGGAAAAAUUAACCGCAAACAAUAUAAUCUGGUACCCAGAGACCUGCCUAUGAAGCCCAGUAAAGAGACGCAGGAGUUUGUGUCUGGUCUCGCCCACAUGAUGAUCCGUUUGCAGGAGAGAAAUGCGGUACUGAGUGCCUGGAACCUGAUGGCUGUGGUUCUCCUUCAGAACCUUCAGGGCAUUGAUUUAGACCUGCUGACCCACAAAACCCUGUGGCUGAAGAAACUCGCCCUGCGGUUCGGAGCUCAUCUCAGAUGGCCCAAGAAUGAUUUGGAUUCUGAGGUAAUGUCAUCUAGCAUGAGCCUGCAUCAUUCAGUGGCACGCUGUGAGGGGCGUGUCUAUUUGGUGGAGGAGGUGGGGCCAGGGCCUGUCACUCAAGAGGAGGACGUGUUCCGAAAGGCUGCAUCUGUGCUCAUGUGUGCCUCCUACAGGAAUCAAGCAGUGCACGUAUUCACUAGACCAGCUAUGGUGGCAGUCGCUAUGACAACAGAUGCAAGAAAUAAAACAGACAAUGUCUUUCAUUAUUUUAAGUUCCUGCUGGAGCUCUUUUCCAAUGAGUUUGUUCUCAUUCCUGGUCAAGCAGUUCAGGACUUUGAGGAGGGCUGUUCUUUGCUACAGCAGUCUGGUGUAAUCGGCCGCUCUGAUGAAGAGAUCUGUGUGAGGGACAAUGAAACCAUCAUCUUCCUCAGAGCGAUUCUGCAGUCUUUCAUCGAAAGCUACCAGGUGGUGUUCAGGUACCUGUGUGAAGAGAGCUCCCAGACAUUCAGGGAGAAGAUGUUUUCAAACAGCAUCCGCAGCUUCAUCGUCAAACUCUUUAUUUCAGGCGAAGUCGAGUCGCACGAGUGUUUAUCGUCCGACCUCCAGAAGAACGUUCUCUCAGCUUUGCUCCGGAUGGCUGCUGUGACCAAAACUAAAGUUGAUGACCAGAAUGAGUUUACGGUGAAUAAAUCUGCGGUGAAGAAAAUAUGGCACAUGCUGAGCAACGGACGGACCUCUGAGAUCAGUGUAAACGCCAGACUGUGACGAGAAGAAUCAGACGACAACGACUCUCAAUUCCUUUAUUGAUAAUGUUAAUAUGUAUAAGUACUGUAUGUGUUUUUAGUGUCAAACACAGAACAAACCUGCAGUAGUUGCUCUAGAUGUAGGACGUAAUUUGCAACCGUUAUUGCAAGUAGGCUAUAUAUGAUUUAAUUUUAUAGAUCAUGUAAGAAUCAUACAGAUAUUAAUCAAGAUACGAAGAUGUGCUCGUCUUUUGAGUAUUGAUGUAAAAAUUAAUGUUUAAUGUGUCGUUUAACAGGUGUUUCAACUGUUUUAUGAAAUCGUUUUCUAAUUUUUCAAAACAUACAAUGAUAUACUGUAAUAAACUAUUGAUUACUGCUGUAUAUAAAGAAACAUGAAAUAAUAGUAUUACAAGACGAGAACAGAAAGCCAUCAGCCAUAAAUAUUAUAAAUAUGCUAAGAAGUUAAGUGUGUCUUAACAAAAGAGAGAUGCUUAUAGUUCUGGUCCUUGAUUCUGAUUGGUUGAGGCAACUUCAAAGCUAUCUACAAACACACACCUUAGUUUUCAAUUGUCUACGUAGUUUAGAGCAAAAAUUUGUUUUUAUUAAUAUAAUUACACAUUAUUAUUAUUUUUUUGUAAGAUCUUGCUGCAUAUAUAAAAUAGCCAUCUUAAUAAAGCAAUAAGCCCCGAAGCGGUGGUUUACAGUAAAUUAAUAACAGCUACAGUUACUACUACUUCUUGGGGCUUAUUUCUUUAUUUACCACCACAUUAAAAACGAACCAGCAGAGCACUUUUUGUGUACUUGUCUUAAAGUGGAGUUUCAGAAAGCGUGUGGCCUAAUUCACAAGCAAGCAGCUGGUUAGCAAAACCGUCCACUUUUCUUUUUCCAGUUAUUUGACCGGUCCAGAUUGUUUUAAAAGGAUUGAUUCUGAUCUUCUCAAGUUCAACUCGUUUGUGCGCGAGUCGUGCAAAGCUCUUAUGGCUUUGUUUCCUUUCAGAAAUCGUCGAUAUCAAUGCAUAAAUGCUGUUUU